UUUCCGUUGCCAACUUCACACAACAGCUAUAAAUCAGUGUUUGUUUAUGUAGUUUAAAAAUGUUUCGAACGCAACUUUGCCCAAAAUGAAUUUCGUGGAAUUAAUAAACGAUCUAGAAGGGACAUUAACAUCUUCAAAUUAUGUGGAGCACCUUUGGUGUAAAAUUCGCGAAGUGAUACCUACAAUUUCAAUUUCAUUAGAAGAUGAAGAAGUAUAUCGGAACCAUCUGCCACUGGAUCUCACAAAGUUUCUAAAAAAGUCAGUCUUUAAACUGAGAGACAUGAAGAAUGUCUCACAGCCCGAAGUAUGGAACGAUUUAGAUCCGAAGUAUAUAAGCACACUUGUGUACUUUGUGUUGGAACAAGAAGACGUGACCAUGCAAAAUGCGUUGUACGUGGCGAAUAUUUUUGUUUUGCUUAAUGUAAUACCGAUGACCCAAAAACAGCACUUCUAUAAGGUGACAUAUUUAAAAAUACUAGAAAUGCUGGGCGAAUUCAACCGCUCCCAAGAUUUAACGUGUAAUAGCAUUAUAUUUUUGAUGGACGACUUUAAGACUAUGUUAAUGAACACGUGCAUUCCAGAGGAGACUGUCAUAGCGACUAUUGCCGUUCUCCAUUCGUAUACAUAUUGUUGUAAUGAAACGUUUAAAACAUUUGAUGUUGAUAUUUCCUUUGAGAAUCUCGGAUAUUUAGCAUUUGUAAGUUUGAAAGUGCUUGCAGAACAGCUCCAGCAGCAAAAAAAUAAUGACCGAAAGUUAUUUCCGAUCCUGUUGUGCUUGAUGUCGUGCCUCAAAUCCUCGUCUGUUAGGGACCGUAGCAGAAGUGUGAAAACGGCCCAUUUGAACAAUGUCCAACAGUUUUUAAAAGAAACUUUUGAGUUAUUUCAGUCGAGAACUUUUUCCUUAAUCACAGAUGCUCUAAAAACUAUAUCUUUAUCCAGAGAGUAUGAUAAUUUUGAUGAUAUAGCCAAAGUCUUGCAGCAGCUACCCUCGGAUGUUAAUCAAGUUUUCCAAACUUUUUUUGUGGAAACGUUGCUCUGUAAUAAGGACGAAUUUAAAUUAAACCUGCUAAAUUUGGUUAUACCCAUACUCAGACAUCCUCCAGAAUACGAGACCAUUUCUAAACGAGUCGUUAAAGCGGAAGUGCUGUUGUAUAAUGUUAUAAUGCUAUUUGCCGAUAAAAAUGAAGCAACUAGAGAAAAUGCAUUGAAGGUGGUUGCUGAAUUUUCGGAGGACUCUUUAGGGCGGCGUGUUUUACGAAAAUUAAUGGCUUCCGAUAAUUAUGGAGAUGUAAAUAAAGACUCUAUACAAGACGUUUUAUACAAUCAUAUUGAUCAAAAUUGGAACAAAAAGAAUGUGAACGUUUAUUACAUUCAACUUAUCUGCAAUUUGUUCAUUAUAAGACGAGAUUUGGUUACAAUAAAAGGUUUGAAUAGAUUAAGAAACAUCUGCCUAAAUGGAUCUCCGUAUGAUCUAAAGCCGUGCAUAAUUUAUUUUAAACGUCUACUUGAGUACCAUUCCUGUGAUAAUAAUGUAGUAUUGUAUAUCUUAAGUAUAUUUGUAAAACAAAUGUUCCAUUCCAUGGCAACAUCCACACUAUUUGCGAAGGAAUUACACGCACAAAUUUUUUCGAAUAUUACUGUAAGUGACCACAGUUUUGUAUGGAAUAUCGUUAAUUAUUUGGUAUCUCAUAAUUUUGACGUGCUGUCUAUUUUUGAGAGGUUUCAUUCUUUGCAACUACUGAGCCAAAAUACAAUCAGGAUUUUAAUGGAAUAUAAAAUUCACGAGGGGCAGUCGAGAACACCCGCAUUAAAGCUGUUAUGCGUUAUGUUAAACUUUAUACCUUACGAUAAUUGUCAUUUGUUGGAGGAAAUUUUAGAAGAUUGGUUAAUUAGUGGCACCCGACCAAUGCAACAAAGAAGACCACAUAAACGAAAUGGUAAUCACUUAAAUAUAUCCCCUACAGAUCUAUGUUUUGUAUUAUGUGCAUUGACAAAAAUAAUGCAAACAAAGAGACGUUGCGACUGCACCCAAUCGGAAUUGGACAAUUAUCGUCAAAUGCAUUACCUUACAUCCCAGGCAUUUUUUGAACAAGUGUUCCCUAUUGUUUGUGUGAAUUACGCAAUCACCCUUCUCGCUGUGUAUUCAGACUUAAUUAAUGAAGAUGUUGCUUGGGAUAGAUUGGGUUGUACACAAUUUGAAGAGACCUUAGUAACAAAGCUGAACGAAGUGUAUGGUUGUAGCUUGCAACAUCACACAUACUUACUUAGGGAUGUUGCAUAUUUGGGAGAUUUGAUUAUUUUGCGCAAGGUAAAGUUAAGCGACAACGCUUUCAGCGUACUGAGAAAAAUUGCGACUGCUGCUGAACAUACAAAGGAAUUUACAGAUUAUCUAAAAACCCAUUCGGAAAUCUGGAAUACAUGUUUGUUGUUGUAUAUAAAGGCCUGUUUUAUCAAUACACAAUUAAGUGAAGUGUGCGUCCAAAACUUGGAGUACAUUUUGUCUACAAAAUUAAUCGAAGAGUACUCAAAACUGCAACUUGUAUAUGCUCUUUAUGAUAUUUGUUCUACUCAUUUUCAGUACUAUGAUCCUCUAGUUCCUUUCCUGUUUGAGUGUUUAAAUGACACAAAUGCUUAUAUAAGGUUCAUUUGUUCUAAGAUCAUAAUGAGACUCAUUAAUGAAGAACAGUUGCGGUUAAUGGAUGGCAAUUACUUUAUAUUUAUGAGUCUUUUAGCCGACGCAAAAGAUAUUGUUUCACAAAAUGUCGAAACAUUUAUCAAAGAAUCUUAUAUAAAGAAGAAUUACCAAACAGUUGCAGGUCAAUACGUGGCUUGCCUUGUACAUUAUAAUUUUUGUUAUACUCACCCUGUUGUAUCUUUAUCAAAAAAUGACUGCAAUAUAUUAAAAAGCAAAAAUUACUCAUCUUCCGAUCGGCACGAAAUAUAUUAUUGCCUUUAUCAAUAUUUACCAGACAAUACAAAACUAAAUGUUUUGAAUGUGAUCUCUACUGAAAUAUUGGGAAGAAUUUUGAACGAAAGUCUUCCACAUUCGCCAGAAACUAUGAGAAUAUUAGAAGACGCUCUCAGCACAAUUUUGUACAUGGUUCCAAAGAGUUCAAUACCGACCAUAGGUGAGGGAACAAGCUUCUAUGAUGACGAAGUUAAAUACAUACAUAAUCAUUUAAUGAUCCCUCUUCCAAAGAGUCAAGAAUAUAGACAUAAGGAGAAAAAUUCUACCUUAAAAUCUCUGUGCAAGCUUCUACUUCAGAUUUUCUAUAGUAAACUCAAAGAAGAUCCGAAAGUUUGUCAAAACAUUCUAUUCACCAUUUCCGUAUUACGAAACACAUUUGAACUCAAUAUUCGACAUAUUAUAAGUGAAGAUACCGAGCUUAAAGAUUUGUUCGAAUCUUUGAAGAAGUUCUAUCAGAAACAUCGCCAACAAUUUCAGUAUUUGGCAUUGUCAAUUGGCCCUAAAAAUUGGCUUAAGUCGUUUGGAAAAGAAGACGUCGUAUUUUAUUGGCAAAAUAUGCCUGAUUUCACUUAUAUUCCUCCUUGCAAAAUUCUGCGAGGAGGUAAUUUACAGUGAACGGUGAACAGUUAUAAUUAAAAAAUAAUUUGCGUAA